GGCCAGCUUGGGGCGCUUCUCCGACCUGCGCCGCUGCGCCGGCGAUGCCGCACCGCGCUCGUCCAGCGAGAUCCGUCUGCUCGAUCGGCCAGUGUCGGCUUCCGACUGGCAUGCUCCGACGAAGUCGGGCCAGAGCUCUGUGAAGCUCGUCGCUGCCGGCGCCCUUUGACACGCAUUGGCGGCCUUAUCGGCCGCCGCGCCGCCUCGGCGAGCCCGUACCGGCAAGCCUCUGAUGCUCGUGACACGCCUGCAAGUCUCCUCGCACGUCUUUGAGCUCGUCUCUUGCGCCUCAUUCUCGACGUCGGGCAGCUGCGCAUCGCAGUUCGCACUGCCAGCAGGCCCGAACUCGUCGCGCCGUCCUUCUCUCGCCGCAUACUCAGGUCUUCGCCUUCUCCUGCGUCGAUCUCAGCCUUUCUCCACCCCCAUCCCUUUCGCUGUUUCACUCCAGUCUCCGAUCCCACUUCCACUCAUCUGUACCACCAUCGUUCCCUCUCCAUCCGCCGGUAGCCCACUCUCGACAGCGCGCCCUAAUCGUGAUCUCUUCUUCUUCUGCCCCUCGCGCGCACGGGGUAAGCAGCCUUGGAUGCAGGUAAAUCAGGAUUGCGAGGCAGCGAGAGAAGUACAUUGUAUGAGAGGAGUGAGGGAAUGAGAGUGUGAGGCGAGAGAGGGAGCAGGGCGAGCCAAAGGAGUGUGGAGUGAGGGGCGGACCAGCUCGGCGCAGCCAGCUCGUGGCAUGGCAGCGGACCACGGCCGUCGGCUCGGCAGUCGACGCGGUU